UGAAUUUGACGCACGAAGAAGAAGCCAGCCGGCGGUGGGCGGGACGUAGAAGAAAGAGGAGCUAGCUGUUAGCCGCUAACUACCCGGUGCUGCUCGCAAGGUUGCUCUACGUCUAUACAUCAACAUGGUCCAAUUAGUGGGUUCCCUCCUAAAAGAGCUGGCUGACUCCCUGUCCAGUUGCAAGGUUCUGGUGGUGGGAGCGGGAGGAAUCGGCUGCGAGCUGCUGAAAAACUUGGUCCUCACCGGGUUCAAGAACAUUGAUGUGAUUGACUUGGACACAAUCGAUGUGAGCAACCUGAAUCGUCAGUUCCUCUUUCAGAAGAAACAUGUUGGCAAGUCCAAAGCACAGGUGGCCAAGGAGAGCGCCCUGCAGUUCUGUCCCAGUGCAAAUAUCACAGCCUACCAUGACAGCAUCAUGAAUCCUGAUUACAAUGUGGAAUUCUUUAGACAGUUCAUGCUAGUGAUGAAUGCUCUGGAUAACAGAGCUGCCCGUAACCAUGUUAACAGGAUGUGCCUGGCAGCUGAUAUUCCUCUGGUAGAGAGCGGCACCGCAGGGUACCUUGGACAGGUCACCGUCAUCAAAAAGGGAAUGACAGAGUGCUAUGAGUGCCAACCAAAGCCAGCCCAGAAGACCUUCCCAGGAUGCACCAUCAGAAACACACCAUCGGAGCCCAUUCACUGCAUCGUCUGGGCGAAAUAUCUCUUCAACCAGCUGUUUGGAGAAGAAGAUGCAGAUCAAGAAGUCUCACCAGACACUGCUGACCCAGAGGCUGCAUGGAAUCCCGAAGAGACAGCAGCUCGUGCCACGGCCUCGGAGAAGGAUGGCGACAUCAGGCGCGUUUCCACCAAGGAAUGGGCCCGAUCCACCGGAUAUGACCCGAUCAAACUCUUCAACAAGCUCUUCAAAGAUGACAUCAUGUACCUCCUGACCAUGGACAAGCUGUGGAAAAAGAGGAAAGCUCCCACUCCUUUGGACUGGCAGCAGCUGGAGAACAGUGGACAUGCUCAGGGGGAGAGUCCCACAACUUCCGGGUUGAAGGACCAGCAGGUUCUGGAUGUUUGGGGGUACUGCCAGCUUUUCCAGCACAGCGUGGAAAGUCUGCGCUCACAGCUGCAGGAGAAGGGCGAGGGUGCCGAGCUCGUCUGGGACAAAGAUGACCCUCCAGCCAUGGACUUUGUUACUGCAGCAUCAAACCUGCGAAUGAACAUUUUCAGCAUGAACAUGAAGAGCCGCUUCGAUGUAAAAUCUAUGGCAGGAAACAUCAUCCCAGCUAUCGCCACAACCAACGCUGUCAUUGCAGGACUCAUCGUGCUGGAAGGACUGAAGAUCCUCUCUGGAGAGCUGGAAUCCUGCCGCACGAUCUUCCUGAAUAAAUGUCCGAACCUCAGAAAGAAACUGCUGGUGCCGUGUAUUUUGGACAAGCCCAGUCUGAACUGCUACGUCUGCGCCAGCAAACCAGAAGUUACAGUUAAAGUCAACGUGCAAAAAACAACGGUUCUGUCUCUGCAGGACAAGAUCCUAAAGGAACGGUUUGGCAUGGUCGCUCCAGAUGUUCAGAUAGAAGACGGCAAAGGAACAAUACUCAUUUCCUCAGAGGAAGGAGAGACGGAAGCCAACAACAACAAAUUCCUCUCUGACUUUGGGAUUCGUAACGGCAGCCGUCUCCAAGCUGACGACUUCCUCCAAGACUACACGCUCCUCGUCAACGUUCUGCACACUGAGGAGCUGGAGCGUGAUGUGGAGUUUGAGGUGGUGGGGGAGGCUCCAGACAAAGCUCCUCCCCCUCAGAGCAACCAGGAGGAAGUUAACAGCAUCACCAAUGGCAACAAAGACUCCGCCCAGCCUUCUACGUCUUCUAAAGCUGCAGCAGAAGAUGAUGACAUCAUGAUAGUCGACUCUGAUGAGGAGGGGGGUGCACCGUCCAGCUCUGCAGCGGCGACGACCAGCACUAAGAGGAAGCACCCGGACCCGGAGACCAGUGAAACCUCCACCAAGCGCCCACGGACGGACCCAUCGGCUACAGCCGCUGCAACAGACGACGACGACGACAUAAUUGCUUUGGACUAAAUCCGUCUGAAUGACUGAAUUCUUUGUGUUUGGCUUCAAACAGACACUAGGCUGAAAUGAAUAAACCACCAGUUCAAUGAAGAACAAUUUCAUUUUUAGUCCCCUCCCCUUUUUGUGCUUUCAUACCCACUUUCUGACAUGACGCUGUAAAUAGAUUCAUAUUUUAACAAACUUUUGAAAAUUCAGUAAAGUUUGCAUAUUUUUAUUCAUUUAAAGUUCUGAACUGCUUCUGUUGAUGGUUUAAAAAGUGCUUUUUGUAAUUUGUUUUAUAAAUGUACUGUAUUUCUCAUGCAACACAAGUCAGGGUGUUAGUGGAGGUCUCUGUAAAGGUGAAAAAAGAACAUGUCAGCAGUGAAACGUGAAAGAGGUGAACAGGCAGGCGGGCCGAGGUGUCUGAAGUCGUGGUACUCCUGCCUGUAAAUGCUGAUGAUGUCUUACGGGUUCGGUGAUGCUCAACACUGACAGGUUCUGUCCAGUUUGUGCCAUAAGGGUGUUGGUUUGCUACCUCUUUUCCCCAGUUAAAAUGAUUUUUCUGCAAAAAUGUACCCAUACAUCUUUAACUUGGCCAUACUGAGCCAUUGGCUCCUGGAGAAUCCAAACAAAAGUUACCUAGAUAUUGGUUUUUUGUUCAAGAGCUUUUUGGACCAGUUUGAUGAAGACAAUAAAUACAACAGUUUCUGA